AUGAAGUUAGCUGCAAUUUUCUUGGUUUCUUGUGUCUUAUUCUCUCUUGUCCCAAGCCUAACCAUAGCGGAGAAAAGGCCCUGGUGUCCAACAAGAAAACAAAUAUUUGAUGGAUCAUGCAAUAGAACUGAUUACACACAAUGCUUUAACGACUUAAGAAACACAUGGGAUGAUAUUGGAGAUCUUGGUCCAACCGAUUGCACUUGCACUCCUCAACCACAGAACAAACGUCUCUGUUAUUGUCGUUACUUGCCUUGUCCUAGUACUUAAAUCCUCCAAUAUGAUAGAGAUGUCCAAAACUGAUUGUUCUCAUGUUUCCUAAAUAUUUUCAAUAAUAACCAAAAUCUUCAUCUGAGUUCUAGUAUUCGUAAUAAUAACAAUGGUUUAAAUUUCCGAUGAGAACUCUCAAACAUAUCCGCAAUAUCUUAUUAUCAAAAACUAAUUUGGGUGGUGAUAUAACACUCUAUAUGCAGUGAUAAUAUUAUCAACUUAUUAAAUUACAUGUCAUGAUCAAAAACAAUAUAAUUAUUAACCAAGAGAUUUGAAUUAUUUUGUACCAGACCCUUCCCACAAGCACAAAAAAGUGAAUCAAAGGAUUUAUAUCUAUGGGUUCCUGCGAGACGCACCGUCCGUCGUAAGCUUAACCCACCCUUCACUUGGUACCUUCCACCUAAUCAGCCUUCCUUACCUCCUCCGCCAUGUCUUUGAUAAACUUCAAUCUGUCUCAACACAAUUUCGUUCCCCAAAGAUGUCACUACACCUCCACUUCCACGCCUACCAAACAGCCAUAUACUAAACAGUGUUGGCCAAUUCUCCUUUGCGGGAU